GUUGAAAAUGUUAAAGCACUUCUUGAGGUGGAGAUACGUGUACCUCUCCAGCAACAGCAGUUGGUUUUUAAUGGAAUGGAGAUAAGGAAUUCUGAGCGUCUGCGAUCUGUGGGAAUUGGAGAAGGAGACUUGAUUAUGAUGGCGUCAACAUCCAGUGGCAAUGCUUCUACAAACGAUCUGAGCUUCAAUCCAGAUGGCUCAGCUGUGAAUCCAGGAGCCCUUCAGCAGCAUUUGCGGCGUGACUCUAAUCUGAUGGCACAGAUGUUGCAGAGUGAUCCAGCCUUUGCACAAAUUAUUAUGGGAAAUGACUUGGAUGGGCUACAGAGUUUCUUGCGAGAGCGCCAUAGACAAAGACUAGAGUUAAGGCGCCAACAAGAGGAUGAACUUGCACUCUUGCAUGCAGAUCCCUUUGAUGUUGAAGCACAGAAGAAAAUAGAAGCUGCUAUUCGGCAGAAAGGAAUUGAUGAGAACUGGGCGGCUGCAUUAGAGCACAACCCUGAGUCUUUUGCACGGGUGGUUAUGUUAUAUGUGGAUAUGGAAGUCAAUGGGGUCCCUUUGAAGGCAUUUGUGGAUAGUGGAGCACAAUCAACAAUAAUUUCGAAAAGUUGUGCAGAACGCUGUGGGCUGUUGAGACUUUUAGAUCAGCGUUAUAAGGGCAUUGCUCAUGGAGUUGGUCAGACAGAGAUAUUGGGUCGUAUACAUGUAGCACCAAUCAAGAUCGGAAACAAUUUUUAUCCAUGCUCCUUUAUGGUAUUGGAAUCACCCAAUAUGGAAUUCCUUUUCGGCCUCGACAUGCUGAGAAAGCACCAGUGCAUAAUUGAUUUGAAGGAUAAUGUCUUGAGAGUUGGUGGAGGGGAGGUUUCAGUACCAUUUUUACAAGAGAAAGACAUUCCUGCUCGUUUACUUGAUGAUGAAAGAUACCCAAAACAAGCUCCUCAGAGCUCUAGUUCGGUUCCUGAAACAUCUGGAGCAAUGCAAAAGAAUGAUGAUCCACCGGCAGCAAGCACAAGCAACAAUCCAAGCCUGGUACAGGGACCUGAUUUUGAAGCCAAAAUCUCCAAGCUGAUGGUGCUUGGUUUUGGGCGUGAAGCAGUGAUACAAGCACUCACUCUUGCUGAUGGUAAUGAAGAGCAAGCAGCAGGAUAUUUAUUUGGGGGCUGAUAUUUGUCAUUAGUUAUUAUUUAACCAUUUUUUCUAAAUUUUAUGAGAUACAUGAUUUUGAUUCAAGUGACUGAUUUGAUCAUUAAGUGAAAUUUUAAGUUAUGAAAAAAACAGAAGAGGAAAAAAAGUUUGUGACUCA